UGGCGGAGGCGCUGAACACACUCACACCGCUGGCGGCAGAGUCUUCCCCUUAGGAAGCUACCGUCUCUGUCGCCCCCUCCUCCUCCUCCUACACCGCCUGCGCGGCGGGGGCGGGGGUGGUGGCGGCCAAGGCGCUGGCGGUGGUAACGGCAGUGAUUGAGCCUGCCUCCUCCGCCACCUCCACCCCUGCCAGCUCGCCUGCCGGUGGCUGUGGCGACGGCGGCGGCGGCUCUGGCGGCUCCACUAUGGCGGCGGCGGGGAGGGGGGGCAGUAGUUUUAAAGUAGACACUCGCCCUUGCCUCAGAGAAGAUACAGCUUGGAAUGAACAAGAAAAGCCUGAACUCUUUACAGAUGACUUUUGUAAUGUGUGCGGACUAGUGCUGCAGUUUGAAUCACAAAGGAUAUCACAUUAUGAGAGUGAAAAACAUGCUCAAAAUGUUAGGUUUUAUUUUCAAAUGUAUGGAGAACAAAAUGAAAUGCCUAGUAAAAAAAUGAAGAUGGAUGUUAGAAAUUUUCAGGUGCAUAGGAGUGAAGUAGUGGACAGAAACAAAUUUUGUGAUCUUUGCAAUAUGAUUUUUAGUUCUCCAAUUGUUGCUCAGUCUCACUAUGUGGGGAAAGUCCAUGCUAAAAAAUUGAAGCAGUUAAUGGAGGAACAUGAUCAGGUAUCUCCAUCAGGAUUUCGGCCAGAUAUGGCAGGUGUGCCUAUUACUACUUCUGCAGAGUCAACUUUUCUGAAGCCCCUUGCAGUCAAGCCUCCUCCAGGUGGGAUUAAAGACAAGACUAUGCCUUCCUCUUCCAACACUGCUUUGGAUUUGAAUAAUCCAAACAAGUAUUGCAAGCUCUGCCCUGCUUCCUUUAAUAGUCCAUUAAUGGCCCAACAACAUUAUGUUGGAAAAAAACACAAAAGAAAUGAAGCUAAAAAGAAGUUUGUAGACAAGAUAAGAGAGAAACCUCUUCUAGCAAAAUCAGAUGCAAAUGCAUUUAGUACAAGGACCUAUGUUUGUCAUAUUUGCAAUAUCACGUUUACAUCAUUAGAAAUGUUCCGGUCCCAUAUGCAAGGAAGUGAACAUCAAAUUAGAGAAUCCAUUAUUAUUAAUCUAGUGAAGAAUUCAAAAAAGACACAAGACUCUUACCAAGAUGAAAGUGAAGAUUACAUCAAGGUGAAGAAAGUCAGAGAACCAAAGCCCAAGACUUGUUUCAGAAGGGUGGAAGAGACUUCUUUGGAAACCCAUGGGUACAGAAAAGUUGUUGAUUCCCGAUCCAGACGUAGAAUGUAUGAACAAAGACACCCACGUGAGACUUUCCGGGCAUAUCCAGAAUCAUAUAAAAUUUCACAAACAGUCGAAAAUCAGUUACCUCAUUACUUACCUGCUUAUUCAAAGAAGACAUAUGACUCUUUCCAAGAUGAACUGGAAGAUUACAUCAAAGUGCAAAAAGCCAGAGGACUACAUCCAAAGACUUGUUUCAGGAAGAUGAGAGAGAAUUCUAUGGAAACACGUGAGUACAGAGAAGUUGAUUCUGGACCCAGACAAAGAAUGUAUGAGCAAAGAUUUUCAGUUCAGUCUUCCCAUACCUACCAACGACCAUAUAAUAUUUCACCAGUGGAAAACCAGUUACAUUAUUGGUUACCAGAUUAUUCAAAUAGGACAUAUGACUCUUUCCAAGAUGAACUGGAAGAUUACAUCAAAGUUCAGAAAGCCAGAGGACUACAUCCAAAGACUUGUUUCAGAAAGAUAAAUGAUAGCUCUACAGAAACCCAUAAGUACAGAGACAUGGUUGAUUCCAGACCUAGAUAUAGAAUGUCUGAGCAAAGACUCCCAUUUGAGACUUUUCAGACCUACCCAGAAUCAUACGAUAUUUCACAAGCAGUGGAAAAUCAGUUACCUCAUUGCUUACCGGCUCAUGACAGCAAACAGAAAUUAGACUCUAUGACCUGCAGCCAACCCACCAGAGAUUAUUUCUCAGAAAAACCAGUACCCCUAAGCCUUAGUCAGCAAGAAAAUAACUCUGGCUUAUACAGUGUAGAAUCAGAAGUUUACAAGCACCUCUCCUUGGAAAAAAAUACCAGUGACCCUCAAAGAGGUCAUAAACGGAGACAUCAGAAGAGAAGAAGGCACCUGGAGGAAGGUGAAGAAAAGCCAGAGAAAGAGCAGUCCAAGCAUAAAAGAAAAAAGAGUGAUGGGGAUAUGGAACUAGACAAGGACAAGAGCAUCCGACAAAAGAAAAGAGAAGAUAGAGUCAGUGUCAGUUCAGGAAAGCUUAAGCACCGAAAAAAGAAAAAAAGCCAUGGUGUAACCUCUACGAAAGAAGAACGUAAGCACAGGAAAGAGAAAAAGAAAUCUGUUGAAGAAAAGACAGAAGAGGAAAUGCUUUGGGAUGAAUCUAUACUUGGAUUUUGAACUUCAAAUUUUAUUUACCCAAAGAUGCAUUGAAGACAUAAGAAUAUGGAUUUAGACAAACAUUCAGUGAAGAAAAAGAGAGGUGCAUACAGUCAGUGUCAGUUCAGGAAAGUUUUUUGUGUAAGAAUUGAAAUUGAAUUAAAAGAAGAAACAAACAAGACUAAACCUAGAUGUUGAGAAAAAACAUAAGAACACAAGAACAUAAUACAAAAGGAAACCUGAUGAAGAAAAGACAAAAGAGUAAAUGCUUUUGGAUGAGUCUGUUCUAGGAAUUUAAACUUUUAAUAUUGUUUACCCAAUGAUGCAAUGAAAAAGUUAGUUAAGAAAAUUGACCUAGAUGAAAGCAUUAAAUGAAAAAAAAAAAAACAGAGGUGGAUACAGUCAGUGUCAGUUCAAGACAGCUUGCUGUUCUUUUAUUAACGGAAAUAAAGUAAACCAAAAGAAUAAAUAAGCCUAACUCUAGUCUCUAAGAAAGUAUAUAAGAUGGUAAGAACACAGGAACAUAAGAGAAAAGGAAACUUGUUGAAGAAAAGACAGGAGAGUCAUUCUUUGGGACAAAUCUACUCUUGGAUUUUGAACUUUUUACUUUUGCUAAUUUAAGGUUGAAUUAAAUAAAUAAGUUGAAUAGUUUGCUUCUAUGAAAUUCAUGUUAUCUGAAUUUCCUAAGUGGACAGUGACUUGAACCUCUAAAAAGAGCCAAGUGAUGUAAAAGUAUUCAGUAUGCCUUUUUGUCAAGUUACUUUUCCUCAUUUUCCUUAAAAAAAAGAGAAAUUAUGUGUUUCUUACAUAUAAUGUAAUUUUCCUUAAUGAAGUUUUCUCUAUUUCUAUUCAUCAAAUUGCUGUGAUAGUGAAUUAUUUAUCCAUGGUAGAUAAUCUGUUUUAAGUGAAACAAUUGCCAGCUAUUACAGAAUCCAUUUUUCUGUUUGGGUUUGUGUUAGUGUUGUUGGUGCUUUAUUG